GUGAGGUGCAAACUGCCCACUGUUUAUUUAUUCUAUUUACACAAUUUUUCGAAUACAUAAUUUUGUAAUUUAUCAUCUAGUCUUGCUCCCCAUUUGGUGAUGACUUUGAUUCGCCCAGAGUCAGUCACAUUUCUACGAUCGUGUUGGGAGCAUCGCAUAUAGUAGCUUUCAAGUGUUCUGUCGGUGCUGUCGCGGAAAAAAGUGUGUGUGUUAUCAACGUGAGCCCCAAAGAGAUAAGUUUGAGUGGGGAAUUUUUUUUUUACAACUGCCGACUGGGGCCCGAAGUGAAUGAAAAAAAAUCCCACCAUGGGGCACAAUAGUGUGGCGUGGAGUUCGCGCUUCUUGGCAACUCUAGUUCUCUUGAGUGUUGUAGUGCUUGUGACCCACGGAAGGGUAGUUCAGCCACCCACUGAUACCAUUAGAGCACCAUCUCGGGAGGAUUCUAAGAACAAAGGCAGGAUGCAUGAGGCUUUUGCAAACGCAGGCAGAGCUAAGGGACUCGAAAUCUGGCGCGUUGAGAAUUUCCAGCCUGUGGCCUACCCAAAGAACGAUUAUGGCAAAUUCUACGAAGGGGACUCGUACAUCGUACUGAAUACCAAAGAAUCCAAGAGCAAGGAAUUGUCCUGGGAUGUUCACUUUUGGCUUGGAAAGGACACAACAGCAGACGAAGCGGGUGCCGCUGCAAUCUUCACGGUUCAAUUGGAUGAUCAACUGCACGGAGCUCCAGUACAGCAUCGUGAAGUUCAGGACCACGAAUCUGAGCUCUUCUUGGGCUACUUCAAGAAUGGUGUACGGUACCUUCCGGGUGGUGUAGCCAGUGGUUUCCGUGCUACUGAAAUUAAUGCAGCGGGCGAAAAGAGAUUGUUCCAAGUCAAGGGUAAACGCAACAUCCGUGUGCGUCAGGUUAAUCUGUCGGUGGCAUCCAUGAAUAAAGGCGACUGCUUCAUUUUGGAUGCUGGACGUGAGAUUUACGUUUGGGUUGGUAAAAAGGCAAAACGUGUGGAAAAGAUUAAGGCUAUUAGUGCUGCAAAUCAAAUUCGUGAUCAGGAUCACGCAGGACGUGCCAAUGUUCAUAUUAUUGAUGAAUUCAGCACUGAUGGUGAUCAGGAGGAAUUCUUCCAAGUUCUCGGAUCUGGAUCGCCAGGUGAGGUACCCGAUGAAUCUGCUGGAGAGGAUGAUGAGGCAUUUGAACGUCAAGAGGAGCGCAGUGUUACCCUCUACAAGGUUUCCGAUGCAAGUGGAAGCCUUCAGGUGGAUCCAGUAUCGCAGAAACCAUUGCGUCAGGAAUUCCUCAAGACAGAGGAUUGCUUCAUUCUCGACACAGGAUCUGGUAUCUUUGUCUGGGUUGGACGUGGUGCCACGCAGCAGGAAAAGAGUCAGGCAAUGGCUAGAGCUCAAGGAUUCCUCACAUCGAAGAAGUACCCCUCAUGGACAUUGGUACAGAGAAUUGUGGAGAAUGCAGAAACAGCUCCCUUUAAGCAGUACUUUUCCACAUGGAGAGAUCGUGGCAUGACCCACUCUCGUCUUAUUCGUGCUGCGAAUGAUGACGACUCCGAUACUGCUGUUGAUGAGGAGUUUGACGCCAAUAUCUUGCACAAGAUGAAGAAAAGCGGUGGACGCGCUAUUGGCUUCAUGCCAGACAAUGGUGAGGGUGAGGUCGAGGUGUGGCGCGUUGAGGACUUUGAUUUGGUGCCCGUGGAUCCAGAGCUGUAUGGCAUGUUCUUCGGUGGUGACUCCUAUGUAAUCAAGUAUGAGUAUCGCAAUAAGCGAGGUGGCCAGGGGAUUGUCAUCUACUUCUGGCAGGGCAAGCACUCUAGCACCGACGAGAAGGCUGCAUCUGCAAUUCAUGCAGUACGUCUGGAUAAUGAGCUUGGUGGUGCUGUUCAAGUUCGCGUAGUUCAAGGUCACGAGCCACGUCACUUCCUGAAAAUCUUCAAGGGUAAAAUGGUGGUAUUUACGGGUGGCCGUGCGUCUGGAUUCAAGAACAUCCACGACCACGACACGUAUGACGUUGAUGGAACUCGUCUCUUCCGCAUUCGUGGCACCUGCCCCGAGGAUGUUCGUGCGGAUCAACUUGAGGAAGUUGCCGCAUCUCUUGCCUCAGACGAUGUUUUCAUCCUGGAAUCCCCUAAAGGGACAUUCGUCUGGCAGGGCAAGGGUGGAUCGGACUUUGAGCGUGAAAUGGCCGCCAAUAUCGUUGGGGUCCUCUCACCUGAUGCUGAGGUGCAAACAAUUGCCGAAGGUGAGGAACCACCGGAGUUCUGGGAAGCACUUGGCGGUGAGGGUGACUAUGACCGUGAACUCGAUCCACCGGGACCACCCUUCUUGGAGCCACGUCUCUUCCACUGCAAAAUCCUAUUUAACGGACGCUUUAAGGUGGAGGAGGUGGCACAUUUCGAGCAAGAUGACCUCGAUCAGGAUGACAUAAUGGUAUUGGACGGUGGAGACGAGGUAUACCUCUGGGUGGGCAAUGGAUCCACUGAGGAGGAAAAGGAGAAAUCGAUGGACAUGGCCAGACAAUAUAUCCGUACGGAUCCCACGGAUCGCUCCGAGGAAACUGUGCCAAUCAUCAAGAUUCAUCAAGGCAAGGAACCCAGGAGCUUCAAGCGUCUCUUCCCAACAUGGGAUGAUGACCUAUGGGAGGUUAGUGCUUGAAAACAUUGUAUGCUUUUCAUGCAAUUCUCUCCACCCUCCUGAUGCUUCUUCUUUUAUUGUAACACAACAUUUGGACAAUGGAAACACUUGCGUAUCUCUCUUCUUUCCUUUUGGCGAAAGAAGCGAGAAUAUAACCCAAAGAGUGUGUAAUUAAGUUUUAUAUUUACAUGACAAAACUUACAAAUGAAUGGGAGAAAGAAAAAGUGUAGAAGCUACCAGAUACACCAAUUUGUCUCCUUGAAAAUAUACAUAGCGAAGCUUUUCCUCCUAA